GGCUUCCGCGACAUCUCGGCCCUGGCCUCCUGGACCGUCUCGAGCGCCAAACCCGGCUGCUCGAUCCCCCAACUCCGGCACCCUUCCACGUCCUUAUUCUGGCAAUCCGACGGGCCCCAACCGCACCACAUCAGCAUCCACUUCGUCAAGCUGGUGCGCAUCGUGGGGCUCCGCUUGUACCUGGAUUUCGACGCCGACGAGAGCUACACGCCGACGCGGAUCGUGUUCCUCGCGGGCUCGAGGCCGGACGAUCUGGUGGAGUGGGGGGAGAUGAGGUUGGAGCAGCCGAGGGGGUGGGUGUGGGCGGAUUUUAGUGGGAAACUCCCCGUCCUAAGAGCCCAUCUCCUCCAAGUCCGGAUCCUCGAGAACCAUCAGAACGGCAAAGACACGCAUGUCCGGGGCUUGCAGAUUUUC